GGGUUCGCCUCACGAAAAAGCUUUGUGUAACUUGUGUUUAAGUUUAGCAGCAUGUCAGGAUAAUGUGAAGUCCGUCAUGCUGGCUAAUGCUUUUUUAAAUCAUGUUUUUUUUAAAUUAGGAAUAAAAAUGUGGAUUUUUUUUUUUGUAGUUUGCAUCUGGCAUAUGUUUAGGCAGUCACCAAAUACAGAAAGCACGCGGUCUGAAAGCUUUACUGUGCUUUGUAUGUGAGUGUGGGGGGGGAAGUGAGUGGGAAGCAGCACUUUUCUGGUCUUUGCAUCCUGUUGUAAGAGUACAAAGGGAAGGUAUCGUGGUUUGACCAACAACCGUCAGGCCGAUACAGGUGCCGAUCGGCGCGUGUGCUGUUGAGUGUGCGUGUUGUGUGUCUGCGAGGUGUGUUUGCAGUCAGAGCGAAUACAAGUAUGAAGAGAGGCAAGAAGGCAGAGGAGGCAGCUGCAGAUGGGGAAAAUGACAACAGCUCUGCUACUGCAAAGAAAGCAAAGAAGGUUAAGGAACCAGAGGCCCCAAUACUGUAUGAUGACCCUCCUGACAAAAUGACCAGCAAAGAUGGACGAGACGCCAACAUGAAGAUUACCUCCUGGAAUGUCGAUGGGCUGAGGGCCUGGGUGAAAAAGAAGGGUCUGGAUUGGGUGCGUGAGGAGGCUCCAGAUGUUUUGUGCCUGCAAGAGACCAAGUGUGCUGAGAAAGACCUCCCUGCUGACAUUACUUCAAUGCCUGAGUACCCACACAAGUACUGGGCUGUCUCAGAUGACAAGGGGGGUUACAGUGGUGUGGCCAUGCUCUGCAAGACUGAACCCCUCAAAGUGACCUAUGGCAUUGGCAAAGAGGAGCAUGACAAGGAGGGCCGUGUCAUCACUGCCGAGUUCCCCAACUUCUACUUGGUGACCGCCUAUGUGCCAAACGCCGGCAGAGGCCUUGUGCGCUUAGAUUACCGCAAAAGCUGGGACGUGGAUUUCCAGGCGUAUCUGAGUGAGCUGGACGUACAGAAGCCCUUGGUACUGUGCGGCGACCUCAACGUCGCACACCAGGAGAUUGACCUGAAGAACCCCAAGGGGAACAAGAAAAACGCAGGCUUUACUCCUGAGGAGCGUGAGGGCUUCAGCCAGCUGCUGGCAGCCGGUUUCAGCGACAGCUUCCGUGAGCUCUAUCCUGAGCAGACCAACGCCUAUACCUUCUGGACCUACAUGAUGAACGCCCGCGCAAAGAACGUGGGCUGGAGGCUCGAUUACUUUGUGCUGUCGUCCUCCUUGCUACAAGGCCUGUGCGACAGUAAGAUCCGCAACAAGGUGAUGGGAAGCGACCACUGCCCAAUCACUCUGCACAUAGUUGUGUAGGUCACUGUGUGGGCAGCAGGGUUACGGGUUUGCCUAGCCUGAUCUGUUUUCUUAAUAUUUCUGUUCAGAUUCGGCUCAAACAAUCAUGUGUGCCGAUGUGUGCUCUGUUAGAAUGAAGCAAAACGCACUUGGGCAGGGCAGUCUUGCGUCUGUUAAAAUUUCUCAUGGGUGAAGUGCUGCCUAAUCUCAGUCAUUCAUCAAAGUCAGCAGUAGCUUAUUUGUCUAGUACUUUUAGCUUUUUUGCCUGGAAGUUUAAUAAAAUUACUCUACAAGACAAUAAGUAAAACCCUUUUGUCCUCUUCCUGUAACUGAAAUUUUUCAGUAAACCCAGUGAUGUACACCUGAAUUAAUCUUGGCAAUUCUGUAAAAAUACAACACUAAAUGCAAAAGAAGUCUAAGCUGAUUUACAACAAUGACCUAUGACCAGCUGUCAAACUAUUUCACCGUAUUAUUCCUGUGAGCAGUACUGCGGAUCUGAGACACAAGCCUAUGUUUUUUUUGUCUGACUGUUUGAAAUUAACCUACUGCUGUGAAGAGAAAAUGUAUUUUGUUGUAGAAAAUGUUUUAAGCCUCCUUUUCAAACCAGUGUUAAACUUUCUGUUGUAAAACUUGGCCAGCUUCUCAAUAAAAACUGAAUUUAUGUAGAA